UUUGACAAAUUGCUGAGUAGGAUGUCAUGGCCACGGGAGGGUUGGUUAUCUAAUGCGAAGCGAGAUGAUUCUCAGAGAACUCACCAGCAAGAUGGUUCUCAGAGAACACACGAGCAAGAUACAGAGCAUUUAAGUCCAGAUACAGAAGUAGAAGGUAACUUGUCCAAUUUGCAAUCCUGCUCUGCUGACAGCAAUGUUGUAUCAACUGGAGAUGUGAAAUCUGCAUCAGCCAGUGAUUUGAAUAGCAUGGAGGACGUCAUUCCCAAUACGAUAAAUCAGUCUCAUGAUCGGAGUGUACAAGCUGCAACUGAAGCUGUAUGCUCAUCGUCAACAGAUGCCCUAACAACCAAGGAAGUUCCCAUGUACAACAUGGAAGUACAAUCUGUUGACAGUGAGGUUACAAUCCCCAUGGGACCAUCUUCGGCAAGUAACAGUGGAAAGUCAAUGCAAUGUAUUCUUCCAACGCAGGGCUUGGUGGGCCAAAAUGCAGCACGUGGUGACCUGAGAAUAGAUGUUGAUGAUCCAACAAUGGAGAAAUCCUCUGAGAUGCGGUGUCUAUUACCCAAUAGCCAUGGGGAUAGCGCAGAACAGCCUGGUCAGCCAAUGGCGAAUCACCAGAAUGGUGCAGAGAAUGAUGGAGAAGUUAUAUUAGUUGAGACCGACAGCAUCAACAAUGAUCAAGCCACACAGCAUCGAGAGAAAAAUAGUGAUUCCAGCUAUAAAAUUCCAGAUGAUGCUCGUCUGAAGAAGUCGCACACUUACAUAUUGCUUCUUGCAAUUCUUGCAGUGUCGUUGACAUAUCAAGCUGGUAUAAAUCCACCAGGUUCCUUCUGGACAUCAAAUGCCACAAAUCAUUCAGCUGGGGAUCCAAUCCUUGAGGAUAAUUACCAUAAGCGCUACCUUGCUUUCUUCUAUUUCAAUGCCACUGCCUUUGCAGCUUCCCUCGUCAUGAUCAUUAUGCUCCUGAGCAGAAAGAUGAGCAACAAGGUUAUAAAACGUCGUGCACUACAAACAGUAAUGAUAACUGACUUGCUUGCUCUAAUAGGGGCUUUUGUUGUUGGGAGCUGCAGAGAGAUAACGAAGUCUAUUUACAUCUGACUGGUGAUAUUUUCUGUUGCUGCAUAUGUU